AUGAAAGCGAAAAAUCCUUUCAUAAUUCUUCUUAUUUGCACCAUAGGCAUUUUGAACAUUAUCACUUAUGGAUCAGAAUUAGUAAAACUUAACAGCCAAUACAAAAUAGCCCUCUUAAACGCCCAAGAUAUUCAAGCAUUUAAUUACCCCAAAGAAACGACAAUUGUUCAACUCGCGCAACACCUUACAUGUGUAUUUUAUUAUUACGCCCUCUAUUCAUUCCAUAGAUCGCAAUUAAAAUUCAUACGAAAUGACUAUCAACUAGUAUUAUAUAUAAUAGCAUCGCGAUGGCUCAUUACAUCGUUUCCUUUCUCACUUUGGCAGAUAUUUUAUAUUGAUAGUCAGCACGGUUUCAAUAAAAAACCAUUAACUUUAUUUUUAUGCGAAGAUCUUCUUUUGCAGUUAAUUAUCUUGAUUGUUGGCAUCUUCCUCGUCUACUUCUUCAAUUUUGUUGCCAAAACGAUAGCAAAUAUCAAUGACGAUACACUUGUUUUGAAACAGGAUCAAUCUGAAGACACAUCAUCAUUUUUACAGUAUACAUCUUCAUCAAACCAAAUGGAUGAAGAGACAAAACAUAGAAAAACUUCUAUCCACGAGAUUUUUAAUCUAUAUUUCAUAAUUGUUGGCUGUGCAGCCUUUCUGAUAUCAUUUUUCAUCCAAUCUAUAUGGAAGAGAAGCGAUGUCAUACAGCCAAAUGCAAAAUUAUCAAAAGCAUUUUCAGAAUUAUUUUUUGUUCAUAGAUUACUAUUCAAUAACCCAAUAGUUUACGCAGAAUCAUCCUUCAGUACGAAACUUGCUAUUGGAUUCCAAGGAUUAUUAUCUCAAAAUGUUGUAAUCUCAGAUAAUUUAGUAAAUUCCCUUAAUAAUGGCCAAUUAUGCUCUAUUUUAGCUAUAUAUCAAUACAGAGCCAACAGCCAAGAGGGUGUACUUAAGCUGAUUACUUACAUUUUCGAGUUAAUGUUUAUUCCUGUAAGUGCUCAUUAUAUUGUAUCCAGGAACAUCAAGAAAAACCUCAGACUUAAGAAUAUGUUACUUGCUGUCGUUCCUAUUCUUGUUGUUCACAUGUUUAUUGUCGAUUUCUUCUUCUCAAAGCUCAGAUUAGUUCUUGGACAGAAAAUGUUCUUGAAUGGCGUCGAAUUCGCUUCUGAUUUGAAUCUGCCAAUUGCUGACGCUCUUGUUAGAUUGUUUGUGUUGAAUCACGACACAAUCAACCAUUCUUUCUUGUAUUCUCUGUUCCAAAUGGAAACUCCGACAUUAGAGAACGCUCUGAUUAAUGUCGCCUGGGCUAAGACAAAGUUUAUUGGAUUAUAA